GUAUUGUUUCCUUUCAUUAGACUUUUCUGGAAGGAAUAGGGGCAAGCAGCAAGUCCUAUCCCAACCCUAGCCCUAACUUCGAACCUUCGUCCUUUCUCUCUUCUUCCUUCAGAUUCAUCCGUACCGUUAGUUACUACUGGAUUCGCGGUUGAUUGCUGCUACCGGGUUUCUCCUCUUUCACGUAUAAGAUGCACUUCCGGUCAUCAUUUUACCAACAUGCAGAUUUUGAGUUGGUUUCUGAAUAUAAAUGGACGCCAAACGGUUCAUCCAGCUGGUUGAGGAGAAGAAGAAGAAAAUUAUGGAGAGAAAGGAAGCUCCUUUGAAAUGGGAGCAGAAGCUGGAAGCUGCUGCUGAAGCUAAAGAGAGGAAGCUGAAGGUUGCAAAGCAUACAAAAAGAUCUGGCUCUGAUAGUGACAGCGAUUAUGACAGUGAUGAUGAGAGUAGAAAGACAAGUAAAAGAUCUCACAGGAAGCACAGAAAGCAUUCUCACUACGACUCUGGUGACCAUGAGAAAAGGAAAGAAAAAAGUUCCAAACGGAAAACAAAGAAAUGGUCCUCUGAAUCUAGUGAUUAUAGUAGUGAUGACUCUGAGAGUAGCUUUGAGGAGGAGAGAAGAAGAAAGAAGAAGCAAAGCAAGAAGCUGAGAGAUCGGGGUUCAAGAUCAGAUUCUAGCAACUAUGAUUCUACUGCUGAUGAAUUAAGCAAGAGGAAAAGACAGCACAAACGGCAACGCCCAUCAAAAUUUAGUGGAUCAGACUACUCUACUGAUGAAGGAGAUAGUCUAGUUCAGAAAAGAAAUCAUGGAAUGCAUAGCAAACGCCAUCGACAAUCAGAAUCUAGUGAAUCUGACUUGUCAAGUGAUGACGCUCCCCGUAAGAAAGGCCACAGAAAGCACCAUAAACAUCACAAGCGAUCACAUAAUGUGGAGCUGAGGUCGUCUGAUUCUGAUUAUCGCAGUCAUGGUCAAAGAAGCAGAUCAAAGUCAUUGGAAGAAAAUUCUGAAGAUGAAAGCAAAAAAAGAUCAAUGGAUAAGAAGUCUGGUCGCCAUCACCACCAUUGUCACCACCACCAUCGCCGCCACCACCAUCGCCACCACUUGGAUGAUGAGAGAAACUACAUGCAGCAACACUCUCCUAAAUUCAAUGGAAAGCAUGGCGAGGAGUUAGACAAAACUGAAACUGAGAAAAAGGAUGGUGGUCAUCAUGAAAGUAGAGCUAUGGUUGAGAAUAAUGAUGGUCAAAUUUUUUGAUUUUUGAGAAUCUGUCCUGCUAUCUGUUUGUGGUGCUUCUGUACUGGAAUUGGUAACUGACUAUUUGAUAUUCAAAUUAAAGUUAAAGGAACAAUUUCAUUAUUUAUGUCGGUUGUAAUAUUGGCGGCAGUUAUUGACACUAUUGAAACUUUGUUGGGUCAUUGUUGGCUGAUGACAUUAAGUUGAUCCUUAUUCAUCUAUAAACAGUUGUAUUUGAAGUUUACAAAAAGAAUACUCUUGAGGGUUCUUGAGGGAUUUUUCUUU